CUCCACAGAUCCGCCGCUUCAGUUCAGGAGAAGAAGAGGAGAAGUUACAGCGAGAUGUUGCUGGAUGAAAUAAACCGGAUUAAAGCGCUUUUAAACCGGAGUAAAUAACUCCAGUUCUUAUUUCUGCUGUAUGUAAUACUGUGUUUAUCUGAGGAGCCGCUCCGGAAAACAGCCGGACUUUUAUUCCUGUAGUUUUAUUAACGAAACUGCGACCAACACAACACUUCACCCUAACGCUACAGACUGAGAGCGUGAGACAGCUCUGAACCCCCUACCGCUGGACUAAGGUAAGAGUGAGACAGCUCUGAACCCUCCACCGCUACAGACUGAGAGAGAGAGACAGCUCUGAACCCUCUACAACUGGACGGAGGAGAAAGAGAAACAGUUCUAAACGCCGCUGGACUGAGGAGAGAGUGAGACAGCUCUGAAUUUCCCGCUGGAUGGAGAGAAUGAAACUGGUCUGAAAAAGUGAGACAGCUCUGAGCGUGUCUGAACUGAGAGAGUGAGACAAUUCUGAACCCCCUACUGCUGGACUGAGGGAAGAGUGAGACAGCUUUGAACGCCGCUGGACUGAGAUAUUGAGAUAGGUCUAAAUUUCCUUUUAGGACCUAGAUUGUGAGACAGCUCUGAGAAAGUGAGACAGCUCUGAAUGCUGCGGGACUGAGAAAGUGAGACAGGUAUGAUUUUACUUCUGCACUGAGAGCGUGAGACAGCUCUGAACCCCGCUGGACUGACAGAGUUUGACAGAUCUUAAUUUCCCCUUUAAACUGAGAGUGUGAGACAGCUCUGAGAAAGUUAGACAGCUCUGAAUACCGCUGAACUAAGAGAGUGAGGCAGCUCUGAAUUUCCCCCUGGACUGAGAGAGUGAGACAGCUCUGGAACCCCCUGGUAUGAGAGAGUGAGACAGUUCUGAAUUUCCCUCUGCACUAAGAGAGUGAGACAGCUCUAAAUUUCCCUCUGGACUGAGAGUGUGAGACAGCUCUGAAUUUCCCUCUGGACUGAGAUAGUUAGACAGCUCUGAAUUUCCCUUUGGGCUGAGAGAGUGAGACAGCUCUGAACAGCCAUGAGCUCAUUUGGUGGGGUUACCUGUCUCACCACCAAGGGUCUGGACAUCAGUCUGGCGGCUCUGCAGAGACAGGACCCCUAUAUUAAUAAUAUCGUGGAUGUGGCGAGUCAGGUCGCCCUCUACACCUUUAAUAACGAGACUAACGAGUGGGAGAAGACUGAAAUUGAGGGGACGUUGUUUGUGUAUACGAGACUCGCGUCUCCGAAGCAUGGCUUUACCAUCAUGAACCGCCUCAGUAUGGAGAACCUGACUGAACCAAUCACCAAAGACCUGGACUUCCAGCUUCAGGACCCGUUUCUGCUCUACAGGAACGCUCGCUUGUCCAUCUAUGGGAUCUGGUUCUAUGAUAAGGAGGACUGCCAGCGCAUCGCUGAACUGAUGAAAAGUCUGACCAGGCAGGAGCAGCAGCUGCACACUCAGAUUCAGUGCGGUUGGGUUUCUCCUCAACGGCUGGAAACUAAAGAGGGGAAAGGAGUCGACAUUCUGCAGAUGCUGACUAAAGCACGCAACGAGUACGACAAGGGAAAGUUUACAUCAGAACCGAAGGAAAUAGGAAGUGGAGGGAUAAUCUACGACAACCCGAACCUGAUCAAACCCAUCCCUCUGAAACCGAGAGAGCGACAGCAGCAGACCGGAGUACAGGAGUACGGGAGACACACCCAAACACAACAGAAUGAAGAAACAGAAUCGAAGCAUCUCUCAGUAGCGGCUCUGUUUGGAGGUCAGGUCAGAUCCAGCUCUGUUUCUCCACAGCUCAGCUCCGGUCCGACCAAACCGUCUACAGUCCGGCCGUCUGUGGUGCGCUCCCUGUCUUACACAGACCCGUCUCCAGCAGCAGGUGGCGCCGCUGUGCCGGCUAACGCUAACCAGAACCAGAACCAGCCCUGCCCGGCGAUUCAGAAGCUGAUGAGCGCUCCCCGAGGAGCCGUGGUUCCUCUUCAGCCCGUCUCCGAGUCUCCUGAGAACCGACUGUGUGAGAACGGACCCCCACAGAGCCGACCGGACCCCAUCCAGAGACUCUUCCAGAACCCCCCAAACCCCAGCACAGCGCCCUACGCCUCCACCCGCCUCCCGCCGCUCCUCCCGGGGCUUCCCGCUCCGGGAGAGCCGCCGCUGGCGUUCGGAGACAUCCACCAGCUCCAUCCCAGAGCUCCGGCUCCAUCCUUAGCCCAGCUCCUGUUCUACAGCGCCUCCAAAGGCCUGGUUCCUCCCGCUGCUCCUCCACCUGCAGGAAGCUCCACCUCUAACGUAGGUCUGGGGGUGGUGUCCCCCCACGAGCUGCUCCAGAAGCUGCAGCUGGUUCAGCAGGAGCAGAACGCCGGUCAGGAGCACCUCCGCCCGGCUCUCGCCCCCAGCUUCCACAAGCCUCCUCUACAGCACCACCCGCCUACCAGCCACAACACCACUGAACCUGCAGCGGUCUGCUCUCCACAGCGUAUCCCCGCCACGGUCGCCCCCACCCUGCUGCUGUCGCCCAGCGUCUUCUCCCAGUCUAAAGGGGUUCGGGCGGAGCCAGAGGAGCCUCGGGUUCUGAGCAGAACUCAACUACAGACCACACUGCUCACCCUCAUCAAGAAUGAUGCAUCUUUCCUUAAUAUGAUCUAUGAAGCCUAUAUCUCCUCCCUAAAUAAGGACUCAAGCUCUCAACCCUUCUAAAAGGGGACUUUUUUUUUACCUUCAUCCUCCUCAUCCUCCACAGGAACCUGCUCUCUGUUACCUGUUCGGAUCCAGAACAUCAGAUUCACCUGUAGCAUCGCAGAACACGUCCACUCAGGGGUUCAUCUCAUCAUUUAAUGUUUAUUUUAUUUCAGAACAGCAGUUAAUUUUCCUGUAGCUAUAAAAAAGGGUUAUUUUUAGUUUUUAGUCGGUGUAAUGCUGCACAAAAUAAAUUCUAAUUUCAUAUAAUGCUGUUUAAUAGUGAAGGAUUUCUUUUUUAAUGGAUAUUUUAAUACAGAUUUUAGCUUUUAGUUUUUAAUUGAUGCUUAAAUAUGCAUUCAGAGCUGUUCCUGGGGAAUGUCUCUAUAUUACACAACACAGUUUUAACGUUUUAAUUUCAUUUCAUUUCUUGGACAUUUUAUUAUUUUAUACAUAUAAAAAAAGAAUCUGCAGGCUUUUCUUCUUUAUCAGCAUCAUGCUUUUAUUUGCUUUGAUCUUCUUUAUUGUUUCUUUUAUCUACAGAAGAGCAGAACUAGUUUGAUACACUCGGUCAGAUAAUUGAUAAAAUAGAGAGUAGUUAAACAUUCAGAGAUAAAACCUAUAUUUUGUUCUAUUUUUGUAUGAAGAGUGUUUCCAGUUUUACCGUUUUCGUCUUUAAUUUGAAGGGUCGCAACACACAUUAAUUGGUCUCGUUUAAAACCAACAAUUGGUCUGAUUUUACAUCAUUUACUUUAUUUUAUUUUUGUCUAAACAAAUGUCUCAAAUGCAAAUUAUUAAAACAACUUUUAAACACCCAA